UGCCACUUCUGCGGCAAGAUCGACAUCGGCGGGUUCUGGUACAAGUGCCUGCAGUGCACCAAUUGCGACAGAUGCAGCUCGUGCAUGUCCUCGCCGAAAGCGUGGGCGUCGCACGACCCGUCCCACCGCUUCUUCCCCAUCCAGACGAACAACGACCUCUCGCAUUACUGGAUCGUGAAGCACGACAUGGAGAAGACCUGGCAACCGCCGUACGUCCACCUCGGCGUGACGUGUUCUGGAUGCCAGACGCCAAACAUACGCGGCGCCCGACAUCGCUGUCUGAUGUGCGAUGAUUACGAGCUGUGCAGGGAUUGCGCGUCCGACCCGGAGAAGAGGAUGCAACACAACCCAAAACAUCCGCUGUUCCCCAUCAAAUCCCCGCUCGACAAGUCGGUGUACGAUGAGGCGCGCCGGCAGGUCAACGACCAUGCCGAGGCGCGCAUGACGCGCCUCGUCGUGAACCGCGCCCGCACCAGCAUCGAACACCACGAUGUGACUUGCAUGGGUUGCGCGCAAACGCCGCUGCUGGGGGUGAGGUAUCGAUGUAUGGUGUGCUUGGAUUACGAUCUGUGCAGCCAAUGCCACUCUGACCCUGUCUUUCGUGACAACCAUCCGCUCGACCACGCUUUCUUCCCCAUACCCGAUCCUCGCUUCGUCACGGCAUACGAUGAUGCUUUGGAUAGGCUCUCACGAUUAGGACAUUGA